CUCUGCUGUGUGCAUGUACCAGCUGCCUGCAGACCAACUACACGUGUGAAACAGAUGGGGCCUGCAUGGUCUCCAUCUUCAACCUGGAUGGCAUGGAGCACCACGUGCGCACCUGCAUCCCCAAGGUGGAGCUGGUCCCUGCUGGAAAGCCCUUCUACUGUCUGAGCUCCGAGGACCUGCGAAACACACACUGCUGCUACACUGACUUCUGCAACAAGAUUGACCUCAGGGUGCCCAGCGGGCACCUCAAGGAGCCUGAGCACCCCUCCAUGUGGGGCCCUGUGGAGCUGGUGGGCAUUAUUGCCGGCCCGGUCUUCCUCCUGUUUCUCAUCAUCAUCAUCGUUUUCCUUGUCAUCAAUUACCACCAGCGUGUCUACCACAACCGCCAGAGACUGGACAUGGAGGACCCCUCAUGCGAGAUGUGUCUCUCCAAAGACAAGACGCUCCAGGAUCUUGUCUACGAUCUCUCCACGUCAGGGUCUGGCUCAGGCUUACCCCUUUUUGUCCAGCGCACGGUGGCCCGAACCAUUGUUUUACAAGAGAUUAUCGGCAAGGGCCGAUUUGGGGAAGUGUGGCGUGGCCGCUGGAGAGGUGGUGACGUGGCUGUGAAAAUCUUCUCUUCUCGUGAAGAACGAUCUUGGUUCCGGGAAGCAGAGAUCUACCAGACAGUCAUGUUGCGCCAUGAAAACAUCCUUGGAUUCAUUGCUGCUGACAAUAAAGACAACGGCACCUGGACCCAGCUGUGGCUUGUCUCUGACUAUCACGAGCACGGUUCCCUGUUCGAUUAUCUGAACCGAUACACGGUGACCAUCGAGGGGAUGAUUAAGCUGGCGCUGUCUGCAGCCAGUGGGCUGGCGCACCUGCACAUGGAGAUUGUGGGCACUCAAGGGAAGCCUGGGAUUGCUCAUCGAGACUUAAAGUCCAAGAACAUCCUGGUGAAGAAGAACGGCAUGUGUGCCAUCGCAGACCUGGGCCUGGCUGUCCGGCACGACGCAGUCACCGACACCAUUGACAUCGCUCCAAAUCAGAGGGUGGGGACCAAACGAUACAUGGCUCCGGAAGUACUGGAUGAAACCAUCAACAUGAAACACUUUGACUCCUUCAAGUGUGCCGACAUCUAUGCUCUGGGGCUUGUAUACUGGGAGAUUGCUCGAAGAUGUAACUCUGGAGGAGUCCAUGAAGAAUAUCAACUGCCGUAUUAUGACUUAGUACCCUCCGACCCUUCCAUUGAGGAAAUGAGAAAGGUCGUCUGUGACCAGAAGUUACGGCCCAACAUCCCCAACUGGUGGCAGAGUUACGAGGCGUUGCGGGUGAUGGGGAAGAUGAUGCGGGAGUGCUGGUACGCCAAUGGCGCUGCCCGCCUGACGGCGCUGCGCAUCAAGAAGACGCUGUCCCAGCUGAGCGUGCAGGAAGACGUGAAAAUCUAAGCUGCUCCUCUGCCUACACACAGAACCUGGGCAGUGAAGACGACUGCAGCCGCCGUGCUCAGUGCUGGAGGCCUACCUCUUGUUUCUGCCCAGCCCUCUGACCAGAGCCCUGGCCUGCAAGAGGGACUGAGCCCGGGAGACGCGGACACUCCCACAUUGGGUUUGAGACACAGACACUUUUUAUAUUUACCUCCUGAUGGCAUGGAGACUCUGAGAGCAAGUUAUGUAGAGACCUCGAUGCCGAAAGUCGAACUGCUACAGUGGGAAGCACACAAAGCCCAGUGCAUCCGGCCUGUAGCCGGCAAUGGUGACGGGGUGCUGGGCUCUCCCCAGAGCAGCCCCUGUACCUUGUGGUCUGCGGGUCUGCAGGUUUUCCUCCAGGGACCAGUCAACCUGGCACCAAGGUGUUCAGAGGAGCUGGAAGUGUAGCCGCUCUCACGGGCAGUCCUGAGCGUCACCACCCCUUCGCGUGGACAUCUGGAGGGGCUGCCGUUAGAGAUACCACCUGCUGCCUGUCUGUCCAGCCAAGUGUGCAUGUGCCGAGGUGUGUCCCACAUUGUGCCUGGUCUGUGCCACGCCCUUGUGUGUGUGUGUGUGUGUGUGUGUGUGUGUGUGUAGGUGCACACUUACCUGCUUGAGCUUUCUGUGCAUGUGCAGGCCAGGGUGUGGUGGCCAUACUGUCUCCGAGUGCUGGCACCUGUCACAGUGAGCAGCAUCUGUUCACCUGGUGCCCUCCUGAAGGUCUCUCCUGUCCCCAGCCCGUCGGGCGGCCCUUUUCUCAGCAGGCUGCUUGCCCACCCUGUGCCACAGACCCUCCUCUUCCAUUUCAGACCAGAACCAAAGCUGGCCCGCUUGUCCAUGGUGUGAGAGGCUUUUGGGUCAGAAUGGGGGGCGGGGAGGUGAGCAGAGAAAGAAUGUCAUGCAAGUCUUGGGUGUUGUGUUUCCGCAUCAGCCAUGGGAAAUGAGCCAGCCAAGGGCAGCUUCCUCAGCAGCAGUAAGGAAGGGCCAAGGAAUCUGAGGCCAGAUCUUGGGACUCAGAUUGGAAUGUAACAUCUGUGUGUCCCACCCCAGAUUCUGCAGACUGCAGUGUAUAUUUUUGGUGGUGGUGGGUUUGGGGUGGGGAGGGAUGGGCUGCCGAGGGAGGGGAGGGAGGCAAGGGGCGGGAGGGAGGCAUCUGCAUGAGCCUCUUGUACUGGAUUCUCUGAGGAGGGUAGAGGGAAGAGGAGAGACUCGCAUCCACUUCAGGGUCCCUACUGAAGGGAGCGAUCUGGGUUGAAUAUGGUGUUUAACCUAAGCGUAGUAUUUAACGAGUUCUAGAAGCCUGCUGUGGUGGUGAUUUGGUCAGCAUAUCUUAGGUAUAUCAUAACUUUGAAGCCAUAACUUGUAACUGGAGUGGUUUGUUUUAAUUCAUUUUAUUUUAUUUUAUUUUAUUUUAUUUUAUUGGGAGGGUCAGGAUUUUAACUUUAAUACUCUUAAGUUUUUGUAAAAGGAAAACCAUCUCUAUGUGACAAUUACCUCUUAGUAUGUUUGUUUUUAAAGAAAUCCCGAAAACAAACAAAACACCACAGAAACAUUCUCUAGAAUCAAACGCACAUAGUUCAGUCACUGGAAACGUUUGUCUGUGCGCCUGAGCCGGUUCCCACUCAGCGGUGAGAGCUCCUCCCCGGGGACUUGGUGUCCUGGGUCCCAUGCACACCCUCCUCACAGUGAGCAGCCUCAGCCCUCGGGGCCUUGCCCCCUGGCUGCACUUUCCCGACAUUUGCUCAGCAGUUUGAGUUGCGUGCCUGCUGAGGACCUCUGGGAAGGAGGCAGGCUUGGGUGCUGCGCCUGGGGCGCCAGAGGAGGAGCCGCAUCCCGGGAGGGCGUGAGCACCCGCCUGGAGACCAGGAGGGCCUGCGGCUGCUCCGAGAGCCUUCUGAGCCUAGGGUUCCUGUUCUUAAGACCACUGAGGGAAGAGGAUACUGCAUCCCCUCAGGCAGAGGACGGGGAGGCCUGGAGUUUAGAAACCCAGGUGAGACCCCAAAGCACUGCCUGCCUUGUGUGCCCUUCCUGCCCCCGGGGAGGCAUGAGUACAUGCAGGGGUACUGCCUCCAGCCCAGCUUCUCCUGCCUCGGUCUCCCCGUGUUCUCUAUUUAUUUCCUGGUUCGUAACUUCUUUCCUUGCAUUAAAGGGGAUCUUCCUUUAAUUCUUUGGGCCAAUUUACUGGCCAUUGAACUAUUUCCCUUGAGUCCCAAUUGUGUCAUUGGGGGAACCUCUUAACCCACCCCUGCUGACUCCCCCCCCCCCCCUGCAGCUGCACCUUCGUGAUUACAGGUGACGAUGGAACUGUAGAGUCCUGCUGUUUGCCAGCGUACACCCACAGUGACUCCCGCGCCACUACCCUCCUCCCAGGGGCUCGGCCGCCUCUCAGGAAGACGUGAGCAGGUUUGGGGGAAACUCCACCCUGUCCCACGACUCUUUACAGUAAGCUGAGAGUUGGGAGACACUGAAACUGUUUGGGCUCCCUGAGGCUGCCCUGAUCCACAGGGCACCUGCACCUCUGGAUUCUGGAUUCACAGACCAAGUCCAAGCCCGUUCCUAGGGCACCAUCCAGGCCCCUGAACGGCGUCCUCGGUACUUCUGUUUGUUUUUUGUACAAUUUAUUAGAAAGGACUGUAAAAUAGCCACUUAGACACUUUACCUCUUCAGUAUGCAAAUGUAAAUAUAUUGUAAUAUAGGAAAUUUUUUGUUUUAAUAUAAGAACGAGCCUGUCCAGUUUCUGCUGUACAUUAUUAAAGUUUUAUUCACAGA